GGAAGAGGAGAGCGAGGUGUUCAAACAAGCCAGGGCUGGUGGCAUUAUGUCCGGAGCUUGGAGACAAGCUUUAGUGUUAGCUUCUGGUGGAAUUAGAGGAUAUCCAUCCACAGAGUUAAGCUCUGGUCUGGCCGUGCUUGGACGACAAAAGCCGUACAUUUUGGCUUCCGGUACACUCUUAAAAAUCUGGCCGGAGCGUCUAUAUAAUCUGGCCUACCAAUUUUUUUCGCGGGGGAUAUCGAAACCGAAAUCGAACCUUUGGAGACAGGUAGCAAUAUUAGACAAUCAUCAACAUAACAUCACUACUAGAAAAUACACCAAAUCACCAUGCAAAUACGUCUCCUCCUCCUCCUCCUCCUCCCGUUCACCACCGCCCCUUCCAUAGCAUCCCUCCAGCCCUUCCACCAUACAAACAGCACAAAGCCCGCAGUCCCCGCCAUCGACCUCUCGCGCUGGCAGUCACUGCUACCAGACAACACCCCACUCUCGCACCUCUCCAUCCCCGGGACCCACGACACGAUGUCAUACCCAAAACCACCCCGCCACUCUCUACCAUUCACAUCACAAACCCAAACCCUCCCCCUCUCCACCCAGCUUCUCUCCGGGAUCCGGUACCUGGACCUGCGCCUGCAGCACCACAAAGACCGCUUCGUGCUGCACCACGGGGCGGUAUACUUGCACUUCGACCUGCCGAGCGUGCUGCACAUAAUCGAGGAGUUCUUCUCGGGCCCCGGCGCAAAGGAGACCCUCAUCGUCCGCGCCGCCUGCAAUAACUGCCACUACUGCCUUCAGAGCCGCUUCCGCAAUACCCGCAGCUUCCUGGACACGGCGAUGGCGUACGCCUACGGCGACGUGAGCACGGCGGAGUGGUUCCAAAGGCGGGUGUACUUCCCCCCACCUAGCCGCAGCGGCAGCGGCGAGGGGGAGGAGGGGGAGGGGACAGAGCUGUGGGUGCCGACGCUCGGCGAGACGCGGGGGAAAGUCGUGUUCGUACAGGAUUUCCCUAACGGCGAGGAGCCGUGGGGCGCCAUCAACUGGCACGACCGGGAGCAAGUGCAGAUCCAGGACCUGUGGGACCUCAAGUUCCGCAGCUUCCUCAGCAAGAAGGUCGCCGCCAUCAAGAAGUUCUUCUUGGAGACCGUGUGGCCACUGCAUGAUCCACCCCCGCCGCCGCCGCCGCCGCCGCCGGAAGACGGGGUUACCCGCGUCAUCGUCCGCGUCCACGUCCAGCCCCCGGAGCCCGCAAAACCCACAAAACCCAAAAAGCCGCCAAAGCACAAGCACCAGCACCCGCCGCCCCCGCCCCCUUUGCCCCCGCCGCUCCAGCCGCAGCCGCAGCCCCCGCCGCCGCUAACGAUCAACCACCUCUCGGGCUCGGGGCUGCUGUGCUGCACGCCGGCGCAGACGAGCCGGUAUGUGUACAAGACGCUGUACGAGUGGUUACGUCACGGCUGGGACGGGGGCGGCGGAAGGCCGUUGGGAAUCGUCGCUGCGGACUAUGUCACCACUAAUGUGGCGCGGGUCAUUGUUGAGAAGAAUUUUUUGAAGGGGGGCGCUGGAGAGGGUGUGGAUGUGGAUUUUAGAUGGGGGUUCUGGGAGGACGGGUGGAGGCAGAUGGUGGAGGGGAGGGCUUGUUAGGAAUGGGGUGUGUUUGGGCGAGGGAGGGAGGGAGCGGCGAUCUGUGGAGUAUGUAUGAUGUAUCAGGGAAGAAGUAUGUGAGUGGAAUAGGUAAAUGAGGAGGCAUGGUUGACUACCAUUCCGUUGCGUACUCAGAAUGGCUACUCUCUAUUGAAUCUUGACGUUAUCCAUUGCCACAAGUCCUCAAAGCAUCCUCUCCAUUCCAUCGUGGCAUGGUACACAUCUCGAGUGUCCUAACUAUCCCAAUGCC